AUGGAUAACAAUAAGAUAGACACACCUUUGGCUUCGUUUUCCUUAACACAUGUUCACUAUAACCCGGAGGACCCUUUAUCCUACCUUUGUGCUUUCCUUUCGCUCGUUCCACAAGCAAUUGUUGUUGUCUACGUUGCGCUGAUAUGGGCAUCGCGGGAGGUUGAGGUCCUCUUCAUGUUUGCUGGCCAAAUCCUUUGCGAGGCGUUAAACUUUGGACUGAAAAGGGUGAUUCGACAAGAGCGGCCGCAGCAGAUUUACGGCAAGGGUUAUGGCAUGCCCUCUUCCCAUUCGCAGUUUGUGGCUUUCUUCGCUUUCUCCGUAGCCCUCUUUCUUCUCGUGCGACACAAGCCCACCAGCUCCUCCACACUACCCAACGAUUCCCCAUCAACUUUCGCAGAACGAGUUAUUCUUUCACUCCUCGCUUUUUCCGGAGCCGCUGCAGUAGCCUCAAGCCGUAUAUACCUCAAUUAUCAUACCCCGAAGCAGGUUAUGGUUGGUAUCGCAGCGGGAAUUGCGUUCUCUGUGGUUUGGUAUUUGUUUGGAACGCAUCUUCGGCGAUCGGGCUGGAUUGACUGGCUUUUGGAAGUAAGAAUGGCAAAGCUGUUGAGAAUGCGUGACUUGUUAAUAGGAGAGGACUUGGCUGAAGCCGGAUGGCAGAGAUGGAAAGUGAAGCGGGGACAAAGCGUUGUGAAAAAAUUCGAAUAG